UGGUCAGCAGUUUGUUUUUACCGUCAGUGUGUUUGUUAGGCCUACCCAAAUUUGUACACAUUUGUUUUGAAAGGUAACAAAGUUGGGUAUUAUUGCAUAAUGGUGUCCAAAAGAGAAGACUUCAAGCGUGUGAAAAUUCCAUUGUUCGGCUGUUCCCACUUUUAUCAAUGUUACAGUGAAUGAUCACCAACUUGGCGUGAUUUCUCCACAACUAGGAGUGGGGUUAUCUACUUUUACUUGCUAUUACUACAAGAACCAAUUGCUAUUAUUUGUGCAUAGAGAAGGAUCCAGGGAAUCACAUGCCUCUGUCUAUAUGCCCAUCUCUUUUAGGAAAGCUUAAGUCCAAAUCUUUCUGCAUCUUCCUAAUUAUCUCCCAAGAAAGAGUCACUUGUAACAACUAAAAAGAAACCAUGUUUCGUGGAAAGCAGUCUCAGACGAAUCAGGCUGAUGAUCCUGCUAGCCGUGAUGCAAAGGUUAACGAGUUAAGGGCAGCUCUUGGACCUCUAUCUGGGCGAAGCUUAAAGUUCUGUACUGAUGCGUGUCUGAGGCGAUACUUAGAAGCUCGAAAUUGGAACCUUGACAAGGCAAAGAAAAUGCUCAAAGAGACACUCAAGUGGAGAUCCACCUAUAAGCCUGAAGAAAUUCGUUGGCAUGAAGUGGCACAUGAAGGUGAAACUGGCAAAGUUUCUAAGGCCAAUUUUCAUGACCGACUUGGCAGGACCGUACUUAUAAUGAGGCCUGGGAGACAGAACACAGCAUCUCCAGAAGGUAACAUUCGUCAUCUAGUCUAUCUGAUGGAGAAUGCUAGCCUUAACCUGCCGGAAGGCGAAGAACAAAUGUCUUGGUUGAUUGACUUCAAUGGGUGGUCAUUAAACACCAACAUUUCCAUUAAAACUGCAAGAGAUAUUAUCUACAUUUUGCAGAAUCACUAUCCAGAGAGGCUUGCUUUAGUUGUUCUUUAUAGUCCAGCUAGAUUUUUCGAGGCAUUUUGGAAGGUAGUGAAAUAUUUUAUUGAUGUGAAAACAUCUGAGAAGAUCAAGUUUGUGUAUCCGAAUAACAAAGAUAGUAUGGAGUUGAUGAAGACUUUUUUCGAUACUGAGAAUCUUCCAAGUGAGUUUGGGGGAAAAGCCACAUUGAAUUACGAUCAUGAAGAAUUUUCCAGAUUGAUGGCUCUAGAAGAUGUUAAGACUGCUAAGUUUUGGGGCUUUGACAAUGUGGCCUCCCAUAAUAACGAUGAUGUACACUCUAAAGCAAAGGUGAUGCCUGCGCCAAUGAGUGUUGCAUCAGCUAGAAACUAAGGAGUCGUUUGGUAGAGUGUAUUGGAAUGUUAAUGCAUGCAUUAGUUUAAUGUAUUAGUAGUACCUUGUUUGAUAUACUUUUUUACCCUAUAUAUAACUAAUGCAAGCAUUAGUUUCUAGCUGAUGCAAAUUAGUUAUACACAAGCGAGUUCAGAAGUUUAAAAGGACUAGACAGUGAAAUUUGUGCAUUGACAAUCUUAUUCUUAUAGCACUUUCUUAUGUUACAUUAUCAAAAAAAUGCACUAUUGCUUUAUCAA